GGAUAAAAUACCCAUUGUGGUGGGGCAGCACCUAGUGUGUGUGCAUGCUUUUUCAGUUAAUUCAAAGACUGAGCAAGCAGAAGGACUCACCUCAUCUCACUGUAAACACGAGUCCUCUAGAGUAUUGGAAUCUCCAGAAACUGUGUUGAUCUCUAUUCAGCCGUGUUGAAAGUGGAUCUGCGUGAGACAUCUAUCAGGCCUGGUCAGACCCCAUUCUACUGCUCUGCCCCUGGGCCAUGGUACAUCAGAGUGUAGUAGCUACAGUAUGAGCGUAACUCCCUCCACCACCCUGGACAGCCAGCUGACCACUACCUGGGGCCCUACUAACUCCUACGCUGAUGUUCCGAUGGUGAUGUCGGGUUACACAAGCCGCCUGUGGCCUCGGGACUCCCAGCCUCAGUUCUGGACUAAGUACCAGGUGUGGGAGUGGCUGCAACAGGUCAUGGACAUGCAUCAGAUCGAUGCCUCCAACAUUCCCUUCCAAAACUUUGAUAUGGACGGACAUCAGCUCUGCAGCCUGAACUACCAGGACUUCAUCCGUGCUGCCGGCAGCGUGGGACCCAUUCUCUUCCACAGCAUCACAGAGCUCAAGUGGGGCGGGCAGUGCCAUGUGGAAAUAGGGCAACUGGAACUCAAACCAGAAUUAGACUUUUCCUGUCCAUUCCCAGAUGUCAGCUAUCCACCUGGAGAAAUCUAUGAUCCCUCAGUUCACCACCUAGUGCCUGCUGCCUCUCCAACCCUUUCUAGCCCUGAUAUCAAAAGGUCUUUCAGUCGUCCUCAUCAGGUCAAAAAACACAACCCAAGGGGGACACACUUAUGGGAGUUCAUCAGGGACAUUUUGCUGAACCCAGAGCGAAACCCAGGGCUGAUCAAGUGGGAGGAUCGGACAGAAGGGGUUUUCCGCUUCCUUAAGUCAGAGGCAGUGGCACAGUUAUGGGGCAAGAAGAAGAAUAACAGCAGCAUGACCUAUGAGAAACUAAGUCGGGCAAUGAGAUAUUACUACAAAAGAGAAAUCCUAGAACGAGUUGACGGACGCAGACUGGUUUACAAGUUUGGAAGGAAUGCAAGAGGAUGGAGGGAGUCAGAGAAGUGACAAUUUCAUUAAUUUAUGUUUUGUUUGAUGCUGUAUUCAAAUGUGUUGUUUUAUUGUAGUUUUCGUUGAUUGUUUUUGAUAAAGAUAUGUUUGAACUGUUUACACUUUGUUGAUAAUUGUAUGUUUGCCUCAUUUUUUCUUUAAAUUUAUCCCUUUGUUUUGCGCUGCACUGAGAUGUUCUUCACUGUGCCUUAUUAAAAACAGGCUUAUUAUGCCAGUAUGAUAGAAGUCAUCACACAUGUGUGUUUACACAAGAUCCCACUGAAGAAAAGGAUAUCAAAAACUGCCAAAAGCUAGCAUAAAACAUUAUGAAUCCUGUUGUUCUAACAUGUUAUCAAAUACUUUCUGCAUGUCCCAAAGGAGCACAUGUUGUUAGCAGUCAAAACACAUGUGGCAACAGAUAUGUAUGUUGAGUGUUUUGACACGUAUACUGUGAAGUGUCCUUUGGGAGGGAUCCCUGCAGAAAAAAACAACAUUAAAUAAUGAUAAAGUAGCAUUCCAUAAUGCACAAUGCAACAGGGAAGUGCAAGAAUACAUAAAUAAGUGAUACGUUUUGUGUGACAUUUAUUUUGCAUUUAUUGAGCUGUAAAGAAAGUGUGUAAAUGU